CUACUCUGCCACGUUGGAGACGGCCACUCUCCGAGGAAGCACCACCAGUAUUCUCUCCUCCUCUUCGGCCAAAGCCAUCAAAAUUGGCACCUGUGCAUUCAAUCAACAGAUGCGCGCACACACACACACAUACGUGUCUAAGCAAGUCAAUCCGAAUGCUUGGUUGGCGGUGCCUCAAAGAACACGGAGGAGCCUGCCGCGCGCACAAGAGAGAAUGCAUUGAAGGGGCUGGAGGAGGGAGGUAUGUCAAUGACACACCUUGGCGAUGUCUGCACGGGACGCAGGCUGUGUGAGUGCUGCAGCAGCCGGCGGCUCACGAUGCGGCUGACGCAGACAGACAGACAGACAGAUGGGAGUGUGUAAACGUGUCUGUCCACGAAGACCCACCGGCGCACCCACCUGAUGCUGUCGAGUGCCUUUGUGCAGUGCUCCUUAUUGCCCCUGCUGCCCUCCUUCGCCUCGGCUUCGGCGGCCGCAUUGUCAGAAAGCCGCUCCUGCAUUUCCUCGACAGCGAUCUCGUCAGCAGUGCCGUUCUGGACGACGACGGCCCUGUCAGGAGCCUUGGCCGAUUGGGGGGUGUUGCUGUCGGCCGGUGGGGUGGCCUUGCCCUUGCCAAGCGAUAGGGUGGCCUGCUUGACCUUUGGGGGACGGGCCGUCUUGGCCGCUGCCUCGUUGGCAGAGCCCUCUCCGCUGUCGGGCUUGGGCCUCCUCUCCCUCUGCCUGCCCCCAUCAAUCCCCCUGUUCCUCACGCCAGAAUGAGACUUGUUCCUCUGCACCCCCGCCACAUCCUGCUGCCCUUGCUGCUGCAGCUGCUGGACUGGGAUGGGUGUGGGGGGUGAGCCUACACGAGAGAGAAAUAAGGGAAACGAUGAACGUGAUGUUGCACCACGGUGAGUGAUCUACCAUGGUGGCCAUGGGGUGGCGCGGAGAGGCUCCUCAGGCGAGUGGCAGGCCGCUGGGCGUACUGCAAGAAGGUGCCGCUGACGGUCAGCUGCCAACCAGGAGGCGGCUCCAUACGCACACCAGACAAACGGUGCACUAAGGCGGACACGGUGGCCGUGUGGUGCUCUACCACACAGCCGGCUGUGAGAGUGCUGCAGCAGCCGGCGGCCCACGAUGCGGCUGACAGGAGACAGACAGACAGAGAUGGGAGUGUGUAAACGUGUCUGUCCACGAAGACCCACCGGCGCACCCACCUGAUGCUGUCGAGUGCCUUUGUGCAGUGCUCCUUAUUGCCCCUGCUGCCCUCCUUCGCCUCGGCUUCGGCGGCCGCAUUGUCAGAAAGCCACUCCUGCAUUUCCUCGACAGCGAUCUCGUCAGCAGUGCCGUUCUGGACGACGACGGCCAU